AUGUCUUCUCAGUAAAACUACGCUCGAACCUACUUUUCGUAAUUUUAUUUACCUAAAUAUCAUAAAGAAGUGUUUUGAAUAUAUACAAAAUAUUACCAACAAAUCAAUACUAUGCCACCAAAACAAAGAAAUAUUGCAAUGAUGGGAUAUCGCUCCGUAGGAAAAUCGUCUUUAAGUAUACAAUUUGUAGAAGGUCAAUUUGUUGAUUCUUAUGAUCCUACAAUAGAAAAUACUUUUACUAAAGUCACACGAAUAAAUAAUUCUGAUUAUGAAGUCAAACUUGUUGAUACAGCGGGGCAAGAUGAAUACAGUAUCUUUCCGGCUCAAUAUUCUAUGGAUUUUCAUGGAUACGUGCUCGUUUACUCGAUCACCAGCCAAAAAUCAUUUGAAGUUAUAAAAAUAAUUUAUGAAAAACUCAUAGAUGUGAUGGGAAAAGUAUAUGUUCCUAUUGUUCUUGUUGGAAAUAAAACCGAUUUACAUCAAGAACGUGCAGUAACAUUUGAUGAAGGUAAAAAAUUGGCAGAGUCAUGGAAGGCAACAUUUUUAGAAACAUCAGCAAAACAAAAUGAAUCAGUCGAUGAUAUCUUCCUGCAGUUGCUUCAACAUAUUGAAAAGGAUAAUAACGGAAGUAACCAGCAGUCAAAAACCAAUUGUCUUCUAUCAUAAUUGAACUUAAAGAGUGAAAUGUGUCAAGAGAGAACUUAAAAUUCAACAUUUUUCAACUAUUUAAUUUACAAUUUUUUAUGACAUUUCUAAUGUAUAUUAGCGAGUACAAAUUUGUUUGAGCUGCUGUAAAAUACAUAGAUUAACAAUAACCAAAUCUAGUUAAAAACCAGAAAUUAAUCAUUUCACGAAAAUCACACACAAGUUUUUGAUAUUUCUUUGAUGAAUGAAUUUAUAUGAUUUUAUACCUAUUUGUUGAAAUUUGUUGUAAUGAAAUUUUACACCUAAUGAAUUAAAAAAUCUCAUAUUCCAUGGUAAAUUUUAAAUAACUCUUGAAACUUUGAUGAGAAACAUCAAAUGUAUAAAUGUAUAAGCUACACACUAACGACAUUGAUUCAGAAUUUUGAAAAAAAAACUUUUUAUUUUAAUUUGAUGAAACAAUAGGAAACAUGAUUUUUGAACGUUUAUUUUUUAUAGGGGACACUAAAAAUUUAUGUUUUGAAAAAAAAAUCCCUACUACGUAAAGAAAUCUGCUUAUACGACUUUGAGACCGAAAUUUCCCCAAAAAGAAGGUACAGUAAACAAAAAAUUAUUUAACAAAAAAUUAAAUGGUUCAAAUAAAAUUCCCUAUCAUCCUGAGCUAUGCUGUCAUUUUUCAUUACCGUAAUUAUUUUUAUUUAUCUAGAAUCAUAAUUUUUAAUUCAAAGCCUAGGAAUGUAGGAACGUCUAUGACUUGUUCCUUCAUUUUUAUUAUUAUGGAAGCUUUCUUAUCAAAGGCAUAAAAUAUAGAACCCAGAAAAUAAUGCUUUUUUUUUAAGAAUUUCAUUUACCUGAUGCUUGUAAUGAAUUAUGCCAUUAAAAUUAAUAUUACUUUUGACCAGGAAAACUUUUCAAAUGCGCUUUAUAAAUAAAGUGAAAUUUUAUUUCAAUCUUGC